AUGCAUCCGUACAGGCAGUUCAAGUCACUGCUCCCCUCCCUCCCCACCACGGCUGCCCCCGGACACGACCGUUUCGAACGCAUCGUCACAUCAAGGGUCAAACCGUCAAAAAGUCACACAGAGGCGGGAACGUUACGCAAGAGAGCACAGAGAGCGUGCAGCCAGUGCCACGCCCAAAAGACGAAGUGCUCCGGUGACCUGCCGCGUUGCAAGCGCUGCGAAUCCGGGGGUCUCAAGUGCGAGUACACGGCUACCAAGCGCAGGUCCGCCGACGUCCGUCUCAAUUCCAGAUCUCCCGUCGCCGCCGCCGGCGGCAGUGGUGGCGCCUCCACCGACAGCGGCGGCGGCGGCGGCGGCGGCGGCGACAGCAGCAGCAGCAACAGCAAGGCAACGGCGGUGAGAGGGACGAGCAGUGACCCCGUGACGCUUCACAGACUCGCGACGUCGACGACUCCGAUCCCGACUACUACCGCCACCUCACCGACGGGCACGACGCCGGUACCCGCCGCUUCCGUCGUGUCCACCCACGUCUCUAGAUCCGACGAGAGCCUCAGCGCCAGUCCUGGUGCUACCACUACAGGCACCGGUAGCAGUCAUGGCGCCGUCAACACGGCUGCUACGGGAGAUAACUUUGUCAUGGCGAUUGAUACCUCUCUUCUCACCGCGCAGAAAAACUUCACCAUGCGACACCUCGCGAUCUACUUUGACUACAUCUACUGGCUUCCCUGCAUGGGCUUCCUCCACCCGGACACGGCAUAUCGUCAGUUGGAGGAAGGAACGUUUGACCCGCCCACGGCAGCGGGGAUAUGCUCGAUAGCCAGCCUCUUCUCCGGGCAGGCCGACUCGCUCAAGGACUUUGGGCGGCGGUGCGCCGACGAGAUAGACAUGUACGUGUUCCGCAACGUCAACCAGCUGUCGGACCGGGUCCUCCUGCCGUACACGCUGAUCCUAGCGUUCAACUUCAUCCGCGGCGACUUCUCCAAGGUGUGGCAGUGCUUCGGGCUGGCCUCGCGGCUGAUGACGGGCCUGCAGCUCAACUGGGACGGGUCGACGCGGGGCAAGACGUUCCAGCAGCAGGAGUCGAUGCGGCGCGUGGCCUGGCACCUGUUCGUGCUGGACCGGAACCUGGCCGAGGGCUACGACGAGUACCUGUCGUGCCCGGCGGAGAACAUGCGAAUCCGGCUCCCCUGCAGCGAGGAGGCCUUCUGGGAGGGCAGGCCGGUGACGGCGCCCCGGCUGAUGGACAGGAGCCCCAGGGCCGGCGACCUGGGUCUGCACGCCCUCAGCGUGCGCAUGGUGGACCUCCACCACCGCAUCAGGCGGUGGACCAAGACGCUCGAGUCGAGCGACGCGGCCCUGGAGCCGUCGGCCAUCAUGGGCGCCAUCAACGGCCUCCAGAAGGAGCUCACCCGCUUCCACACCCUCCUGCCCGACGACAUGCGCCUCAGCGACCAGAGCAUAGCCAAGUACGUCGCCCUGCCCCAGCGCUCGUCCUACACCUUCCUCCACUCGCACAUCUCGGCCUGCCACAUGGAGCUCUACCGCUUCGCCCUGCCCGGCAUCCUGCCCCCGGGAAAGGACCACGUCCUGCACAAGCUCCCGGCAGAGUUCGUCGCCCGGUGCGGGAAGCAGGCCGUCGGCCACGCCCUCUGCCUCGGCCGCUUCGCCAUCUUCAUCCAGGACGAGGUGGACAAGUACCGCGUACCCGGGAGGGCCAACCUCGCCGGCGACUGCCACCUGCCACACGUCGCCUCCCACGCCAUGCGCCUCCUCGUCAUCGCCAUGGAGCACGCCAUAUACGACGACCUGGCCGAAGGCUCCACCUCGCCCCUCUGGAGAUUCCAGCAGCCGGACGAGGCCCUUGUCCUACACCUCAUACAGGACGGUCUCCUCAGGCUUUCCGCCUCAUUUGCAGAGGUUCUCGCUCCCUGUGAGAAGGAGACCCAGCCGACCCUAACCCAUCACCCCGCCCUCGCCCCGGACGCACCAGACGGCGACUACGGCCCGCCCGGUAUGCCCAUGUACCUCGCUGCAGCGCAGGGAAACAACAGCAGCACAGCGUUCGAUCAGAACCAUCAACAUCAACCUCACGGGUCAAACGUCUACAGCGGCAGCGGCGAUGACGGACAUGCGAUGAUGAUGCAGGGGAGGAUGUGGAACGCUGCCGGCGAGCACGGGCACGGACAUGGACACUUUAUCGGCACCGCUGCACAGUCAGCGGCCCCGUCACGGGAUAGUGACGACACGUCUAUGAUGCAGAUUGAUCAGACGCGGCAGCAGCAGCCGCAACCGCAGCCGCAGCCGCAGCCGCAACCUCAGCAAAUGUUUCAUCCUCUUCCUCAUCUCCACCCACCAGCGAGUUCCGCUACGGGAGGUACGCCUACUGCUCAUCAUGGACAUUAUCUGCCCGAUCAUUCCAUGUUUAUGAGCGGAGAUUAUCACUAUGGUGAUGGGUACCAGGGGGGGUUCUGA